UACUAGCCGACCACAUCACCCUCUUCCUCACACCCCUCCCCGGUGCGAAAAGGCCACACGACACAUCUCGCCAAAAGGCAGCCACGCACGGAUGGUGUUGCGCAGCACAGUGGGCAGGUCGACACACACACAGACAGUUUAAAAGCCACCACCACCCGGCCGUCCCACGCUUUCCUUUGACCGCCCGGCAAAAGAGAAGAAGAAGCCGGGCAAGAGCACCACCACCACCACCACCACUGCAAGGCCGGGGAGGAGAAUCCAGCCACCCGCCGCCGCGCCGGCCGUCCCCAGCAAGCGAAGCUAAACUAAAGCUGCUACCCCUCGUCCUCCGUCCUCGAUCGCCAUCCGGUGACCAAGGCACCAAGGUACCCGUCGUCGAUCGACCGGGGAUCGAUGUGGGAAGCUGGGGGCGUGCACGGCAGCCACGAGGCGCUCCUGCUGCAGGCCGCCGGAUCGGGGGCGGCGGGAGGCGACUACGGCCACGCCGGCCCCGCCCUCCUCCCGUGGCUCGGCCCGGCCGCCGCGCCGGGGUUCUCCUACAUGGCGGCCCCCCACCACCAUCAAGGCCCGCCCUUCGGCGCCGAGGCGGCCGCCGCGGGCGCCGCUUUCGGCUUCGGCGGCGGGUACGGCGGCGACGGGGGGCAGCUCGGGGUGUUCGGGGCGCUCGAGCCGCCUCUGCCGCCGCCGCCGCCGCCGCCGCCGCAGGGGCCGAGGAUGGUGUCCGGGCUGCUGGGGACCCUGCAGGCGGAGCUGGGGCGGAUGACCGCCAAGGAGAUCAUGGACGCCAAGGCGCUGGCGGCCUCGCGCAGCCACAGCGAGGCCGAGCGCCGCCGCCGCCAGCGCAUCAACAGCCACCUCGCCAGGCUCCGCAGCCUCCUCCCCAACACCACCAAGACGGACAAGGCGUCGCUGCUGGCGGAGGUGAUCGAGCACGUCAAGGAGCUGAAGCGGCAGACGUCGGCGGUGCUGGGCGCCGCGGGGGAGGGCGGCGGCGGGGAGGAGGCGUCGGCGGCGCGGCAGCACCUGCUGCUGCCGACGGAGUCCGACGAGCUGGCGGUGGACGCGGGGGAGGACGGCGAGGGGAGGCUCGUCGUGCGGGCGUCGCUGUGCUGCGAGGACCGCGCGGGGCUCAUCCCGGACAUCGCCCGCGCGCUCGCCGCGCUCCGCCUCCGCGCGUGCCGCGCCGAGAUCGCCACGCUCGGCGGCCGCGUCCGCAACGUGUUCCUCAUCACCACCGCCGACGACGGCGAGGAUGAGGAAGGGGACGACGGCGAGGAAGGCGACGGCGGUGACGGUGACGACGACGCCGCCGACGGUUGCGGCGCCCGCGCCAGCUCCCACCACCGGAGGCACGAGGUCGUCGCGUCGAUCCAGGAGGCGCUGCGCGGCGUCAUGGACCGCAAGACGGCCAGCAGCGACACCUCCUCGUCUAGCGGCGGCGGCGGCGGCGGCGGGAGCAUCAAGAGGCAGCGCAUGAGCGGUGCGCACGAGCAAGGUUCGCUCUAGUGCGGUAACACUCGACUUGAUCUAGCUAGUAGCAAGAAGCUAUAGCCUAUAGCUACUAGCUCCAUGCCUCCCUCCAUGCUAGCAUGAAAUAUGCAAGAAGCAUGCUUAGUAUAGUUAUGAAAAUAUAGUCACUCCAAACUUAGAUGGAUCGAGAUGUCUCUUCUUCUUUUUUUUUGCUGCUGUGGUAAUGGUGUGGAUGAGGGAAAGAAGAAACUGGAAACAUGGCCGGAGAUGUCCGAGGUAGAAGAGGGAGAGUUUUGUGUAUCCCUUUAUGUUUGUGUGUGUUUUUUUAUUUACUUCGCGUAUGUACCAGGGAAGAGAGAGGCCGGGGAAUUCGAGAGGUUAUUACUGAUAAACCUCUCAUAAAAUUGGGGUGAUAAGGGUGUACACAUGUAUAAUCUCUGGGGUAUAAUGGAAGAUGGAAUUGGUGGGCUGGUCAUUUCUUCAUGAGUAGUGUGGCAUGGAGCUAGAGUGCACGGAUCUUCACUUUUCAAUCAUAUAUAUUGAUGUUUGCAUCCCUUGGCAA